CCCGAAGCAAGAUGGCGGUGAAUCAGAGCCACACCGAGAACCGCCGCGGGGUCCUCAUCCCUAACGGUGAAAGUCUCUUGAAGCGGUCUCCGAAUGUGGAGCUCUCCUUCCCACAGCAAUCAGAAGGCUCCAAUGUCUUUAGUGGUACAAAGACAGGAACAUUGUUUCUCACUUCAUACCGGGUGAUUUUCAUAACUUCGCGCUCCAUCAGUGAUCCCAUGUUGUCUUUUAUGAUGCCAUUUGAUCUGAUGACGAACCUCACUGUUGAACAACCAGUAUUUGCUGCAAACUUCAUUAAGGGAACUAUUCAGGCAGCUCCAUAUGGUGGCUGGGAAGGACAAACUACUUUUAAAUUAGUCUUCAGAAAUGGAGGUGCCAUUGAAUUUGCCCAGUUGAUGGUGAAAGCUGCCUCUUCUGCUGCCCGAGGAUUUCCACUUAGAACCUUAAAUGACUGGUUCAGCUCUAUGGGAGUUUAUGUAAUUACUGGGGAAGGGAAUAUAUGCACUCCACACAUGCCUUGUUCAGUUAUUGCCUAUGGAGCCCCACCUGCAGGAUAUGGAGCCCCAUCUCCUGGAUCCGGAGCCCCACCUGCAGGAUAUGGAGCCCCACCUCCUGGAUACGGAGCCCCACCUCCCGGAUACGGAGCCCCACCUGCAGCAUAUGGAGCCCCACCUCCCACAUACGGGGCCCCACCUGCAGGAUAUGGAGCCCAACCUGCAGGAAAUGAAGGCCCGCCUGUGGGACACAGGGCCUCACCUGCAGGAUAUGGAGCUCCACCUCGUGGAUAUGAAGCCCCACCUGCAGGAAAUGAAGGCCGGCCUGCGGGAUACAGAGCCUCACCUGCUGGAUCUGGAGCCAGGCCUCACGAAUCUGCAGCAGCCCAGGCUCCUGAAAACGAGGCUUCUCUUCCCUCUGCCUCCUCUUCUUAGGUCCAUUCUUAACCUUCUAAGAUGUAAACCUUGAAGACUCACCAAGCAAAGAGGUACCCUAAAACUAAAGUCAGGAUAAGGAGGAGGACUCAGUACAUGGGCAACAGUGACAAGGAGAGGAAGAGAGGAGAAACUCAACCAACUCGAGCAGGGAUAAGGUUUCCCUUGUUCAGCUUUUCAGUGUCUGCUGGAAUGUGACGAUUCUGCCUCUCAGCUGUGCUGUUGGUCUGCAUCACCUUCAUCUCUUAAGCAUCUACCCUAAUCCAAAUCUCAGGAUUUGGGUUUACACAAAAGAUUACCUCAUUGUCAGGUAGGAAAUGAAACAUACGGUAGUCUUCCUGGCCUUUGCCUUGAGAGUCUUCUGGAACCUGAAGAGGGUGGGGCAGACAACCAUGGACUGCUAGAGAAUAAACUUUUUUUGAAGCUUCCAAAAUGGAUUAGAAAGAAAGGGUUCUGUCAAAGGGAAAGGGUUUAUACAGAUGUGAU